UGCAGAAGCCAGGAAUUGUUUGAUGGCUCUACAAGUAACGUGCGAUGAAGAUGUGAAGAGCGUCAUUGAGAUGGGAUUGUCACAUCUGAACAGAGUACUCGAUAGCUGUCCAUCAAAAGAUUCCGGUAAAUGCGACCUGGCCAAGUUCACGUCCUGCAGCAAUAAUUCCCAAGUUUUAUCCAUCGCUCAGCGUAAAGACAAGGUUACAAAUGUUGAAAACUGCAAGUCACUUACAAUGGCUGUUGAAUGUAUGCAAGACUUUAUCGGUAGCUGCGACGUGCCAGGAAUUCAAACAACGGUUAACCAGACACUUUCGCACAUGGCAGCGUAUUAUGCAGCAUGUAAAACCUUAAUCGAGAAUGAGGAAAAACAGAAACAAGAAAAAGAAAAGCAUUCAAAUGACCCUCAAGCAAGUGUUUCCGCAGACCACGGAGAAAAUGGCGUCAUGCAAACGACCCAAUCACCGGUCCUCAUUGUGACGUCUGGUAUUGCUUUGCUGCUGCGAGCCAAAUUUAAUAAUUAACUAAAGAUUAGUCAAUAUGUAUUACAUUAAGCGCACUGUUUAAUUCUUUGGAAUGAUCAGAAUGUGUACGAAAGGUGUGCUUACCCUUGCAGUUUUAAGAAUAAGCCAAUGAGAAAAAACUAAAUUGUAAAAUUAUAUGAGCUGUUUCAAGUACCACUAUAUGCCUUAUUUUAUUGGAAAUGUUAAUGUUCUUGUUAUACACUGAAAUUAGUGCAGCUACUAAGGAUUAAUGGAUAAUGUCAAGGCUACACUGAAAAUCCUUGAUAGGAUACAGGAAAUUUACUAAAUAAAACAGUAGUACUUAUUUAAAUACGAUACAACGACAAAUCAACAUAUUAAGAUCUUUUAUGGAGAAUUAUUCUGGAAUUAUUUCUAUCACUAUAGAAUCAUGAUUUCGUUACAAUUUUUCUUCUUCUACAUUCUUAAUUAAAAUAGUGGAUGAGAUAAAACAAGUCCUACAUCGUUCCAGCAGUGACGAACUUCGGCCAUUAGUUCUUUAUACUAUGAACUUUCAUUAGUAUAAUAUAAGUAUAGCCGGUAUGUACACAUUGAUCAAGCCUUCUUGAACAACAGAAUAACAGAAUAAAAGAAAUUGGAUACACGACAAAAAAGAUGUUUAUAUCCAUAUAAAAUCUUUUGUUAAUUGCCUUAAUAAUGUUUUUAUUUUUAUGUACUAUACUCGAUUCUUUACAAUAUACAGAAAAUUGUGUAUUCUUGAUGUCAAUUCUAUCUAUAUACUACUAAAACUCAAGUUUGUUUACAUGUUUGUAUAUUUAUUUGUAUUUUUGCUUUUUUUUAGUAUGUCUGUUUGGUUACAGGAGAGAAUCUGCACUGUGUGUAGAGCUGUAAAAUACGUAUUUAGGUAGAGAACAUUGUUCUUUUUGACCAAACUGUUAAUCACAAAUUAAUUUAAAGACGUUUAUUAAUUUAUUGAUAUACCAUCGGAAGAUUAAUCGCUUUAAUUAUAAAAGUUCAGAACAAUAACUUUACUUAUACUUAGCUUCAAAGAU